CGCGGUACUGCACAAGGGUCCAGCAUAACCUACAGCUGUGACUCUGUUUACCAGAGCCCCGUUUCCUGCUUGCUGUCUAGCAACUCUAAGGUAGUUGUUGGAGCAACUCACCAAACACAUUCUUAUCUCCUGUCCUUUGAUCGCCGUUUCUUGCCAUGGUCUGGUAGUACGCUCUUGCCACUCCAUUUGGACGCUUUUGCCGCGUUCAGUUGCUACUAUCUACCAGAUUAAGAAGUCAUACUAUAAGGACUCAGCUCACCCUCGACGGCACCGUCCGGUGUAUCUCGGCAAGCUCCGGCGCUCCGCCUGCGGGGGAUCGCAAUAAGGCGGGGCAUCUGGGGGCCGUUGGGUCGGAAUUGGGAGCAUGUCAUCAUCCUCUGCUUAGUGCCGUCCUUAAUCUGAGAACAUACAUCUGCAUCCAAGCAAUCCGAUUGCUUCUUUCAAACUCGUUUUUCCAGUUGGACAAGGCAUUCAGGGUCACGCAAGAAUGGCGGCCACGCUUGAGUCCGACAUUCAGUACCUCAAAAGCCUUCGGGCCGUCCGAGAGCGCUCGCGGAUCGUGCUUGAAGCGGCCCGAAAUGGGGGCCUCAGUAACUUUGAGCUUGACGAAUCGUGGAUGAAAGAGACGGCGGAAUUUGUUGCCGGUGUCAUUUCGCGAGACUUUGGCCCCGACCGAUAUGCAGAGAUCCCGCCCCAUGGACGAUGGGAGCAUUUUAGUAUCGGCGGCAUUCCGCGGCUGGAGAACCUGGUGAAGAAGUGGCAAGAUAGCGAGGUGCCCGAUGUGGAAAUCACUCGGCGCCUGAUUGACCUCUUUUUCGUGUCUGUGCUGCUCGACGCUGGCGCGGGCGACACCUGGGCGUUCCGCGAGCCUGGAGGCGACCAGGCGUAUGGCCGCAGUGAAGGCAUCGCGGUCGCGUCGCUGUACAUGUUCAACGACGGGGCGUUCAGUGCAUCCACGGAUGGCAACAAGGCCACAGUGGACGUUGGCCCCCAGAAUCCCAUUGUCGGCGCUGCAUCCAGGAUUGAGCUGCUCAACAGCUUUGGAAAGUCCCUGCUCUCGCUUCCAGAGAUUUUUGGCGCAACUGGACGACCAGGGCUGCUUGUUGACCAUUUGCUCGCUAUCAGCAAGGACAAUGAUCUAGACUACGAAGCCCUCUGGGAUAUCCUGCAGAGGCUUCUUCUCCCUGCGUGGCCGUCAAAUCGCCCGCGUAUCAACGGCCAGCCCAUUGGGGACGCAUGGCCGCUUCGCGUAUUACAGGAGAGAUCUGGCGACAGCGGGAAUCCAACGACGGGAAUCCAUCCGUUCCACAAGCUCACCCAAUGGCUCGGAUAUUCCCUCACCGUGCCAUUCAUGAAGAUCCUCAAGCGCAAAUGGAUCAACAUCGACAAAGGAACUGGUUUGCCCGAGUAUCGAAACGGAGGCCUUUUUGUCGACAUGGGCGUCUUGAAGUUGAAGCCAGAGGUUCUCGCCCAGGGACUCGAGGCGUCAGGUCAGGCGCUGCCGCUCUUCCCAUCCACCGGAGAUGUGAUCGUGGAGUGGCGAGCCAUGACGGUCGCCCUUCUUGAUGAGCUGCAUAAGCACAUUAACGAUAUCCUGGCGCCUCAGGGAGUUUCCCUCUCGUUGCCACAGCUGCUGGAGGCUGGAUCUUGGAAGAGCGGCCGGGAGCUGGCUGCCAAGCAUCGGCCGGAGACUCGAUCGAGUCCGAUAUUGAUUGAAGGCGAUGGAACUCUGUUCUAGACGGGCCUUGCUGAUGGAUGUGC